AUGGCUGGGGCGGCGCAGGGCGAGGCCGGGCUGCGGCGGCAGCUGCAGAGCUCGCAGGAGGUGCGGGAGCGGCGGAGCGAGGUACUGGAGUCCCGGGCUUGUUGUGGAGAGCUGGAGCAGCAGCUGGAAGCAGCAGGGGGAUCCCUCCCAGACAGGUGUGAAGCCAGAGAAGACCGCAGAAGCCUGGAGAAAGCACUGCUUCGUUUGGAAGAGGAGCAGCGAAGGUGUAGGAAACUGGCAAAAGUGAACGCUGUCCUGCAGGAGAAGCUCAAUAAAGAACGGGAGUUUAAUUCUGCACUUAAAGAAGAUGUUGGAAAACUGACAGCGAAUUGGCUGAGGACUCAGGAGGAGCUGGAAUGGAAGGAAAGGAAAUGGUACAGUGAACGAGAGUUUUAUAACAACCACAUCAGGGAUGAACAGAAGCAUCUGCUCAGCCUGUGGCGCCAGGUGCUGACCUUCAUCCACCGCAUCCUGGACAUCAAGACGGCCACUGACCGAGAUUUGUCAGAGCUGAAGGCGGAGCAGAUGAGGAUUUUUGGGUCUGUAUUUGUGCACUACUCCUGCCUGAACCGUGCUGUGCAGCUCUGGGAGUCCCUCGCUCUGGGGAGACACGUCCAGAAGGAGGAGGCCCAGCAGCAGGUGGGAGAGGAAAAAAGCCAGAAGGCUCAGGAGCUGAUGAGCUUAGAAGUGAAGGAGGACCUGGAGGAGGAGGAGCUUCAAGACAGCUUGGAGGAUGUAGGUGUGCUUGAAGGACAGCGUUCCUUAUUACAGAGCAAGUUGGUAGUUGCGAGAGAAGAACAGGGGGAGCUGCACCUACAGAAAGAUCUGCUGCAUCAAGAGAAACACAAGCUGAGCAUGGUCGUGGAGAAGGUGGAGCAGUUGGUAACAGAGCUGACAGAGACUCAGAAUAGGCUGAAUGGUGAGAUAGCUGAUCUACAUGCUGCAAAAGCCAACCUGAGAAGCAUCAACGAAGCUCUUGCACUGGAUGAAGUGCAGCUGAACAAGCUUCUGCUGCAGAUGUCCCAGCAGCAGGAGUUGUUGAGCCAUGGACUGGAGGUGCUGCGCCAGGAGCCCUCUCACCAGGCGCACGCCCUGGCCGGGGUGUCCACGGAGAAGGAGUUGGUGCUGCAGGAGAAGGCUGCCCUCGAGGUGCCACUGGCAGCCACAGAGCGGGACAGACAAGGCCUUUCCGAGCAGCUGGCAGAGGCCAGGUCAGGGAGGGAGAGCCUGGAAUCGGUCCUGUUUGAGGCUCAGCAGCACUUAUUUCAGCUGGAGACCGGCAGGAGUCAGCUUGAAGUCCAACUUCAUGCAGUCAGGCAGGCCAAGGAUGCGUUGCAGGGGGAAGUGAAGUGCCUCCAGUCUCCUCAGGAAACUGAUCACAAAAAGGAACUGAAAGAGCUCCAGCAAUACGUGGCACGUGAACGGGAAGAGCUGCAAGAGAUGCUGGAGAAAUUGGAAAAGGAGAAGGCAGAGAAAGAAGACGAAGAAGACGAGCAUGAGGAGAAGCUGUUGAAUAUGAAGCAGAAGGUGGCUGUCAUGCAAGCUCAACAAGAAGAGGAGCGAGCCAGAGUGGAAAAGGCCAAGCAAGAGGUCCUGCUAGAACAGGAGAGUGAGAAGAAUGUUUUAUUACAGACGCUACUCCAGACCCAGGCAGACAUAAGAGAAGCCUGCGAGCAGCUCGAGCAGCUCAGGCAGGAGGUGAACGAGCAGCAAGAGAGCGGGCAGAUGUCCCAGCAGCAGGAGUUGUUGAGCCAUGGACUGGAGGUGCUGCGCCAGGAGCCCUCUCACCAGGCGCACGCCCUGGCCGGGGUGUCCACGGAGAAGGAGUUGGUGCUGCAGGAGAAGGCUGCCCUCGAGGUGCCACUGGCAGCCACAGAGCGGGACAGACAAGGCCUUUCCGAGCAGCUGGCAGAGGCCAGGUCAGGGAGGGAGAGCCUGGAAUCGGUCCUGUUUGAGGCUCAGCAGCACUUAUUUCAGCUGGAGACCGGCAGGAGUCAGCUUGAAGUCCAACUUCAUGCAGUCAGGCAGGCCAAGGAUGCGUUGCAGGGGGAAGUGAAGUGCCUCCAGUCUCCUCAGGAAACUGAUCACAAAAAGGAACUGAAAGAGCUCCAGCAAUACGUGGCACGUGAACGGGAAGAGCUGCAAGAGAUGCUGGAGAAAUUGGAAAAGGAGAAGGCAGAGAAAGAAGACGAAGAAGACGAGCAUGAGGAGAAGCUGUUGAAUAUGAAGCAGAAGGUGGCUGUCAUGCAAGCUCAACAAGAAGAGGAGCGAGCCAGAGUGGAAAAGGCCAAGCAAGAGGUCCUGCUAGAACAGGAGAGUGAGAAGAAUGUUUUAUUACAGACGCUACUCCAGACCCAGGCAGAGAUAAGAGAAGCCUGCGAGCAGCUCGAGCAGCUCAGGCAGGAGGUGAACGAGCAGCAAGAGAGCGGGCAGAUGUCCCAGCAGCAGGAGUUGUUGAGCCAUGGACUGGAGGUGCUGCGCCAGGAGCCCUCUCACCAGGCGCACGCCCUGGCCGGGGUGUCCACGGAGAAGGAGUUGGUGCUGCAGGAGAAGGCUGCCCUCGAGGUGCCACUGGCAGCCACAGAGCGGGACAGACAAGGCCUUUCCGAGCAGCUGGCAGAGGCCAGGUCAGGGAGGGAGAGCCUGGAAUCGGUCCUGUUUGAGGCUCAGCAGCACUUAUUUCAGCUGGAGACCGGCAGGAGUCAGCUUGAAGUCCAACUUCAUACAGUCAGGCAGGCCAAGGAUGCGUUGCAGGGGGAAGUGAAGUGCCUCCAGUCUCCUCAGGAAACUGAUCACAAAAAGGAACUGAAAGAGCUCCAGCAAUACGUGGCACGUGAACGGGAAGAGCUGCAAGAGAUGCUGGAGAAAUUGGAAAAGGAGAAGGCAGAGAAAGAAGACGAAGAAGACGAGCAUGAGGAGAAGCUGUUGAAUAUGAAGCAGAAGGUGGCUGUCAUGCAAGCUCAACAAGAAGAGGAGCGAGCCAGAGUGGAAAAGGCCAAGCAAGAGGUCCUGCUAGAACAGGAGAGUGAGAAGAAUGUUUUAUUACAGACGCUACUCCAGACCCAGGCAGACAUAAGAGAAGCCUGCGAGCAGCUCGAGCAGCUCAGGCAGGAGGUGAACGAGCAGCAAGAGAGCGGGCAGAUGUCCCAGCAGCAGGAGUUGUUGAGCCAUGGACUGGAGGUGCUGCGCCAGGAGCCCUCUCACCAGGCGCACGCCCUGGCCGGGGUGUCCACGGAGAAGGAGUUGGUGCUGCAGGAGAAGGCUGCCCUCGAGGUGCCACUGGCAGCCACAGAGCGGGACAGACAAGGCCUUUCCGAGCAGCUGGCAGAGGCCAGGUCAGGGAGGGAGAGCCUGGAAUCGGUCCUGUUUGAGGCUCAGCAGCACUUAUUUCAGCUGGAGACCGGCAGGAGUCAGCUUGAAGUCCAACUUCAUGCAGUCAGGCAGGCCAAGGAUGCGUUGCAGGGGGAAGUGAAGUGCCUCCAGUCUCCUCAGGAAACUGAUCACAAAAAGGAACUGAAAGAGCUCCAGCAAUACGUGGCACGUGAACGGGAAGAGCUGCAAGAGAUGCUGGAGAAAUUGGAAAAGGAGAAGGCAGAGAAAGAAGACGAAGAAGACGAGCAUGAGGAGAAGCUGCUGAAUAUGAAGCAGAAGGUGGCUGUCAUGCAAGCUCAACAAGAAGAGGAGCGAGCCAGAGUGGAAAAGGCCAAGCAAGAGGUCCUGCUAGAACAGGAGAGUGAGAAGAAUGUUUUAUUACAGACGCUACUCCAGACCCAGGCAGACAUAAGAGAAGCCUGCGAGCAGCUCGAGCAGCUCAGGCAGGAGGUGAACGAGCAGCAAGAGAGCGGGCAGAUGUCCCAGCAGCAGGAGUUGUUGAGCCAUGGACUGGAGGUGCUGCGCCAGGAGCCCUCUCACCAGGCGCACGCCCUGGCCGGGGUGUCCACGGAGAAGGAGUUGGUGCUGCAGGAGAAGGCUGCCCUCGAGGUGCCACUGGCAGCCACAGAGCGGGACAGACAAGGCCUUUCCGAGCAGCUGGCAGAGGCCAGGUCAGGGAGGGAGAGCCUGGAAUCGGUCCUGUUUGAGGCUCAGCAGCACUUAUUUCAGCUGGAGACCGGCAGGAGUCAGCUUGAAGUCCAACUUCAUGCAGUCAGGCAGGCCAAGGAUGCGUUGCAGGGGGAAGUGAAGUGCCUCCAGUCUCCUCAGGAAACUGAUCACAAAAAGGAACUGAAAGAGCUCCAGCAAUACGUGGCACGUGAACGGGAAGAGCUGCAAGAGAUGCUGGAGAAAUUGGAAAAGGAGAAGGCAGAGAAAGAAGACGAAGAAGACGAGCAUGAGGAGAAGCUGCUGAAUAUGAAGCAGAAGGUGGCUGUCAUGCAAGCUCAACAAGAAGAGGAGCGAGCCAGAGUGGAAAAGGCCAAGCAAGAGAGUGCCGAGGAACAGCGGUGCCCCGCCUGUGUCUGCGGGGACCGAACUGGCGGGGCGGCACUCAGAGACAACAGCGUGUCCCAGUCCUGUCAGUCCUUUAACCGAGUCCACUGAAUCCCAUGAGGAUGGAUCUUCAAGGAGAACAAGCACCUAUUUCUGAUGGCAGCAGGCUCUGGCAGCCCAAAGGAAACACGCUCCGCUUUAAGCACAAAUCAAAGUCAGUCUCCAAAACAGAACAGAAAAGGGAGCGGCCCAAAGUAAGGCAAUAAAAAGCUCUGGAGAGCAAUAUCUGGCAAGAACCAUCGUUGGGUUUUUGUUAUCUGUUCCAAAGGUUCUUCAGAACUGAUCAACCCCUUUGCAAAAAAUAAUUAAACAAAGGUGCCGAACGUUAAAUAAUUCAAUAAGAACCCAAGAACGGAUCAAACUGAAUUCAGCCGGAUCAGAUAAGAGAAGCUGGAGCUCAGAAGCAGCAGCAGCUCUUGGGAAACACACUGACUCAAAAUGGUAUUUAGCAGCCUUGCUAACACCACACUCUGCGGUGGGGAAGUGUAGCAGUUACGGAGCAUGACAAACACUCUCUAAACUAUCAGUUGUAGAGCUCUGCAAGUUCUGCGCUCUUCUAGAACCCCCAUGAGGAGGACAAAUACCUUGAACCUUUUGUGCUUUUUUUGGUUUGGCUUGUUUUUUUGGAAAACAGAACUUAUCACAUUUGAUCUUAGAAACCUGAAAGAGCAGAAGGACAGAAUCUUGUUCCUUCCCUGCGUAACUGCCCCAUGAUGUCUGUCUCUGAACAGCACAUGGUAACGAGUCCAGGACCCAAAGCCUGACGAGAAUUCCAAAGAGGUUUCUCUGAUGAUGAUGCAAACCACACUGGCUCCUGCGCUGCACGGAACAGGAGCUACCCUGGACACAGAAGACCUUCCAGAGUCUUAGCACGGGCCUCUAACUUCAGCCUAAAGAGCCAUGUCCUAGUCACAG